GAGCCUAAGAAAGCCUAGAUUUUGCGAUACCCGGCUUUUGUUCAACGACGAUAAAAAUCUAUCUCGCUCUUUAAUUCGGAAACAAAUGGAGAAAGAAGAAAAGGAAGAAGAAAAGGAAGAGAAGAAAGAGAAGAAGAGGAGGAAGAAGAGAAGAAGAAGAGGAAAGGCAGAAGAAGAGAUAAAGAAAGAGAUUUUUAUACCACUUAACCUGACAGAAGUCGAAGUCAAUCAAUAUUUAAAUACUAUGAAAGCUCUCAAAAAUGUCGACGUCUACUUUGAGCUGGACGUCUCGAACAAAAAUUUGACGAAUGUGAGUGUGAUACCUAGGUUCUUCAAAUUUCUUCGUCACGUGAAUGUAUCGGAGAACAGAUUGACAUCAGAGGCAUUGCGAGUGCUCGAAGAGAUGGAUCUAGUCGAGUUGCGGGCGGAUAAAAACUGGUUGACCACCGCGAAAUUAAACCCGAUGAAGUUUCUAGAGACGCUUACUAUGAACAACAACAAGCUGACAUCUGCUAAUACUGACGACAUUUCACAUGAACAACUCACGAAACUGGAACUAAAGGAAAAUCUUAUCAGCACCGUCGAAUUUAUGAAUGAGAAACUUCCGAAAUUAUUAAAGUUGGAAUUAAGCGGCAAUGCGCUAACUACUAUGGCAGGUAAAAUGAAAUCAACAUCAGAACAUUUAAUUUCUUUACUUCUUAAAGGGAUAUUUUCUUCCACACUGACGGAACUUUACCUGGACAAGAAUAAGAUCGAAAAUAUUGAAAAUCUUAGAGAACUUCCUAACUUGACGAAACUAAGCUUGGAAAGCAACCAGAUUGAGAAUCUGAACGGUUUAUCUAUGCAAUGUCUCAAGUUAGAAUACAUAAAUCUGGGCGAUAAUAACAUCUCGAAAGUUUCAGAAUUUGUGAAGCUAAGCUGCCUACCAUGCCUAAAAAAGCUUAUUAUUCUAAAAAAUCCCUUUUUAGAAAUAAUUCUAGAAGAUGAAGAAGGAAAAAGAUACAGACUUAUUGUUUUGAUGAUGCUUCCAAAUUUAAUCAAGAUCGAUAACAUUCCUGUGAAAGAUGAAGAAAAAAUUAAAGCAAAGGAAUUGCUUGAUGAAACCCACGAAAGAGGAUAUGGCUUUAAGAAUUACGAUUUGGAAAAGUUUGCUUUUCGAAAUUAA